UAUCUUGUAUUCAUUGUGAGCAGACGGCACAUCAUACAUUUCUAUUCCUACUGCGUUUAAUCCUCCGGGUGGAGUGAGUCAGUUUGGAGAGAGGAGAGGCUGUAUAGCAAGUAACUUUACAGCGUCGGCCCUCUUCUUGCGCAGCGGAGGUCACUGGAUAAUUAUAUGGUUUCCAGAGGGAUUUUCGCCCCGGUCGUCAUGGUGUACCGCUUUUAAAUCUACGGUCGAUGACACCUGCUUUUUUUGUUGUUGUCUUGAAGUUUCGCCGAACGCGAACAUUUGGGUCUGCAUUCCCUUUUCUACAAGAGUCCAGACCCGCACCGUUUUUCAGAGAGGGAGAGACGGUCCCCGUUUGUCCUACCCGCUGUCUUUACGCGUAGCUCAACAUGCGAACUAUUCUCUAGCCAGUUCAAACAUACACUGCCUACUUUUCCCGGUGUUGUUGUUUAUCUGGAACUUCGGGGAACCAAUAAUUAUAUUUGAGAAUCAGUGUGAUUUGAACUAGAAAGAUACUGCAUUCAGCACCGUUGGAUUUAAUGUCUUGUAUGCAUGCGGUGAACAUGGGUAUAGGAUGGAUCUUCGUAGCCGCUUUGGCUGGAAUUCUCACCUCCACUCCAGGAAUACAAGGAGCAUGUGUCUAUCAGGGAUCUCUGUUUGCGAACAACACCUUGUGGAGACCAGACUCCUGUCAGGAGUGUCAAUGCUUCAGUGACAUCACCGUCUGUCAACUUGCUACCUGCCUCAACCCACACUGUGACUACCAGAAGGGAGAGCGGUUGAGGAUCCCUCCCAACCAGUGUUGUCCAGAGUGCCUGCCGUCCUCCCAGGGCUCAUGUCAGCAUGAUGAAGCUGUUUAUGGGCAUGACAGUCAGUGGAGUGCCCCCCAAUGCCAGGUGUGUGUGUGUUCUGGGGGUAGUGUAUCCUGUAGACAGAGACCCUGUCCUCCUCUCAGCUGCCCCCCAGACCAGAUCGCCUUCACCCCCGCCGGAGACUGCUGUCCCAAGUGUGUCCGCAGUGGAGCAUCCUGUUCCUGGGAUGACCAUGAGUACAGGGAUGGGGAGGAGUGGAGGCCCAGCCCGUGCUCUAAGUGUGUGUGUAGUAACGGACGACCUCAGUGCUUCACCGCAGAGUGUCAGCCUGUCGCCUGCACACAGCAUGAGAGUCUGGUGAUCCAACCUGGACAGUGCUGUCCACAGUGUCUCCCCACCUCCUGCCUGUCUGCUGGGAGGGAGCACAAGCAUGGUGAGCAGUGGCAGAAGAGCAGCUGCACCAGGUGUGUGUGUGAUCGUGGCCAGUCUCGCUGUCACACACACACCUGUCCACCCAGGACCUGUGAGGAGGGCCAGACCAAAGUGAAGAGGGCGGGGCAGUGUUGUGACGACUGUGUUGCCGCCAAGGGCAGCUGCCUGUACGAGCUCACCGUCCGUUACCACGGUGACAUGUGGAACGGCACCGACUGCGAGUUCUGCACCUGCGAGAGAGGACAGGUCCUCUGCCAGAGAGCCCAGUGUGGCCGAGUCGAAUGCCCGACGGGUUCAGAGCUGGUCCACCUACCAGGGAAGUGUUGUCCUGAGUGUCAGUCCAUGAAGACCUCCUGUGUCUACCCAGACCCUGAUCUGUCCUCAGGGAAACCUCAGAGACCACUAGCGAACCAGGAGAGAUGGAAUGAGGGCCCCUGUAGGGAAUGUGAGUGUCGUGAAGGCAGGGUGACCUGCUACCUGAUGUCCUGUCCCACCUGCCCCCUGGGGACCCUGGCUGUACCCCACCAGGGAACCUGCUGCCCUGAGUGUAAACAGGUCCAGUGCCAGAGUGACUGCCUGUCUUGCUCGGGGACCCCUGACCACUGUGAGAGCUGUAAGGACUCUACCUCUCUGCUGCUGGACGGACGCUGUGUGUCCACCUGUCCUCGCGGUUACUACGCCGAUGGAAAAGUGUGUGCAGCCUGCCAGUCGUCCUGUGCCACCUGUGAGAAUGACUUUGAGUGCUCGUCCUGUGGGGGGUCCUUGCUAUUAAACAACAGGCACUGCGUGGCCACCUGUGACCUGGGGUCCUACCAGGACCCCACUCAGUGCCUGCGUUGCCAUGCAUCCUGUUCAGUGUGUGUGGGGCCGAGCCAGCAGGAGUGUGUGUUGUGUUCUGACCCGUCCCACCUGCUCAGAGAAGGACUCUGUGUCCCAGACUGUGGAUCAGGCUUCUACAUCCAACAAGGCACCUGUUAUGCGUGCGACUCAUCCUGCAUCACCUGUUACCCCGACAACCCCAAAUGCAUGAGCUGCCCCCCGGGCUCUGUUAUGCAUCAUGGGAAAUGUAUUUCCCACUGUCCGGAUCAGCAUUACCUUGACAGUCAUGGCCACUGCAGAGCCUGUCACAGCUCCUGCUGGUCCUGCUCCGGCUCCGCUGUGUCCCAGUGUUCCCUCUGUACCCAGGGACUGUCCUUCCACCAGGGCCAGUGUCUGGAGGCCUGCGGACAGGGGCUGUACCAUCAGGAUGGGACCUGCCUCAACUGCCACCCAUCCUGUAGGACAUGUGUGGGUCCCCUGUCCUCUGACUGUCUGAGGUGUCUGAAACCAGAGCAGGCCCUGCAGCCACGGACCAGUCCGCCUCACACACCACUACCUCACGGAGUGUGUGUGGCCCAAUGCCCUGCCCCAUUCUACCUGGACACACAACACACAUGCAGAGAAUGCCACACUUCCUGUUUACAGUGCACAGGAGGAAGUAGUCAGAACUGUACUUCCUGUUCCCCGCCCUACGUCCUCCAGGAAGGCCAGUGCGUCUCCAGAUGUCCCCCAGGACACACCGUCCAGGACAACACCUGCCAAGGGUGCCACCCGUCCUGCCAGGAGUGUUCAGGUACGUCCCAGGCUGACUGUGUAUCCUGCUCCCCCCUGGCCAACUUCAACAACGGCUACUGCAGGACUAGCUGUCCAGAUGGACUGUUCUUACACCCCCAAGGAUUCUGCCAGGAAUGCAGCAGUAAUUGCCAGCGCUGUGUGGCAGACCUCCAGACGGGCAUGGGCAGUGUGUGUCUGUGGUGUAAGAUUGCUAGGACCCUGUUGCUGGGAGACCACUGUGUCACCCACUGUCCCCAAGGUCACUACCCCUGGCAUGGAGCCUGUAAGAGAUGCCAUGUUUCCUGUGAGGGUUGCAGUGGGGAGUGGCCUCUGUCCUGUACUUCCUGUCCCUCCCCCAGCGUUCUACUGACCUCAGGUCUCUGUGGCCCCGCCUGCCCCUUGGGUUACUAUGCCGACAGAGACAGACGCUGCAGAGCCUGUGACGGUCAGUGUCUGUCCUGUGAGCUGAGCGGUGUGUGUACGGCGUGCCGUGACCCGGGAAAGGUUCUGCUGUUUGGAGAGUGCCGGUAUGACAGCUGUGCCUACCAGUACUACCUCAACACCACCACGCGCACCUGCAGAGUCUGCCUGAGCAGGUACAUCACUUCCUUUGAGACAGGAAACCAACCAGUGACAGACAUCUUCCAUUUCAUUGUUUACGACGGUGAAAACAAUCGCCUUGACAACCAGAUGUGCACCAUCACCAUCACCUCUAAGGGGACACAGCCUCCAGUGGUCGCUGUCCGCAGUGGCAUCAAGGUCCAGGGAGGAGGACGAGUCCAGCUUUCAACCAAUCACAUCGAUGUAUCAGAUCUGGACACACCCAACGAGGAUCUGCUGGUUUGGAUGAUCAGCACGCCCAAAUAUGGCUUCAUUGAGAACACAAUAGGAAGAGUGGGCUUGAUGGGCGGUUCAAAUACCCUGAUCAUCAGUCCAGAGGUUCCCUUCUCCGUUGACGACCUGACCACUGAUCACAUCUUCUACGUUCAGAACGUCCAGAACACGGAGCACCACUAUCAGGACACCUUCUCCUUCUACAUCAGUGAUGGGUCCAGUCAGACAGAGGCCUUCAAUGUCCAAAUAGACAUACAGAGUAAAGAGGAGAAGGUCCCGGUGGUGUCAGUGAACAGGGUUCGGGUGGAGGGAAACUCAGGAGUGGUCAUCACUAACUCCUCGCUCAACGUCCUGGACCAGGACACACCAGACAAUGACAUCAUCAUCACUGUCGCCAAGCCACCUACCUACGGCAAGCUGCGUAGACGCCAGUUCUACUCCCAGCCUCUGGAGAACGGUCUGGUUCUGUCCCAGGGUUCCACGUUCACCUACCAGGACGUGUUGGAUCUGCUUCUGGUGUACACCCCUGAUGUGGCCAGCGGGGGAAGUGACGAGCUAGCCUUCUCCCUGACCGACGGCAUCCACACCAGCGCCGGGCGGCUCACCUUCACCGUCGACGUCAGGAAGACUGAAGGACCAAGGAUGACAGGUAACAGAGGCCUGCAGCUGGCCGCAGGAGAGGCGUCUAAGAUCACUGAGCAGAACCUGAAGGGAUCAGAUUCCGACUCAGACAGCCUGAAGCUGAGGUACAUCCUGAUCAAAGAUCCUCCAGUAGGAAGACUACAGCUUUCUGAAGGAGGAGGACAGGACGCGGUGGCUGUUAAAGGACCUGUCAAGAGCUUCACACAGGAGGAGGUCAACAAAGGUUCCCCUGUCCCCAUGUUCCCCAUCUACCCCUGUCCCCAUGUUCCCCAUCUACCCCCGUCCCCAUGUUCCCCAUCUCCCCCUUCCCGAUGUUCGCCUGUCCCCAUGUUCCCCUGUCCCCCAGAGGACCACCUGCCUCCCUCUGUGGUCGUGAAUAAGGGUCUGGUGUUGGAUGAGAACUCAGUGAAGAAGCUGACUACUCUCCAGCUGUCAGCUACAGACCAGGACAGUGAGCCUGGAGAACUGCUGUACCGCAUCACCAAGCAGACUGCACUGGGACACCUGGAGCACGCCAGAACCCCAGGAAGCCGAAUUACUUCCUUCUCCCAGGCUGACCUGGCUUCACGUAGCAUCCAGUACGUUCACACCAGCGAAGAAGAGAAGCACACAGACGAGUUCUCAUUCAUAGUAUCUGACGGGGCUAAUGAGGUUGCCCAGACGUUCUACAUCACCAUCCGGCCGGUGGAUGACUCCCUCCCCCUGCUGGUGGUUCCUGGGAUGAAGGUUCAGGAAGGGGUCAGGAAGACCAUCACUGAGUUUGAACUGAAAGCCACUGACCCUGACACAGAGGAGGAGUCCAUCACCUUCACCGUAGUCCAGGCUCCCCGUCACGGCACCAUGGAGUGGACCAACAACGGACAGCACUACCGUCAGACCAACAGCUUCACCAUGGACGACGUCUACCAGAACAGAAUCAGCUACAACCACGAUGGAUCCAACUCACUGAAGGACAGAUUCACCUUCACUGUAGCUGACGGGACUAACGUCUUCUUUAUGGUGGAGGAGGCAGGCAAGGAGGUGUUGACUGCUGCACCCCAGAUGUUUAAGAUCGACAUUCUGCCUGUUAAUGAUGGAACACCUCGUAUCGUCAUAAACCUUGGUCUGCAGUGGCUGGAGUACACAGACAACAAGGCCACCAACCUGAUCAGUAAGAAGGAGCUGUUGACCAUAGACCCAGACACAGACGAUGGUCAGCUGGUCUAUGAGGUCACUGCAGAGCCUAAACAUGGCUUUCUGCAGAGCAAACUGAAACCUGGCGCUCCCAUCACCACCUUCACACAAGCUGACAUUAACCUGGGCUUGAUCCGCUACGUGCUCUUUGAAGAGAGCGUGACAGAGACCGUGGACAACUUUAAGUUCCUGGUGAAGGACGGCAAGCCCAACGUUGUCUCUGAUAACCUGUUCCAUAUCCAGUGGUCCCUCGUCAGCUUCCAGCACAGGAGCUACAAUGUGAGUGAGAAGGCUGGCACGGUGUCAGUCACAGUGAAGAGGACGGGUAACCUGAACCAGUAUGCCAUCGUGCUGUGUCGUACGGAGCAGGGCACUGCCACCUCCAGUGUGGGUUCUCUCCCCGGACAGCACGACUACGUGGAGUACGCUGGGCAGGUCCAGUUUGACGAGCGGGAGGACACCAAGGUGUGUACCGUAGAGAUCCAGGACGACAAGGUGUUUGAAGGUGUGGAGAGUUUCCAGAUGGAGCUGAGCAUGCCCGUCUACGCCCUCCUGGGUCAGGUGACCCGCGCCAGCGUCAACAUCAACGACACCGAAGACGGACCCACGCUGCAGUUUGACAAGAAGACCUACCACGUCAACGAGAGUACAGGGUUUAUACACGCCCCUAUAGAGAGGAAAGGUGACACCAGCAGUACGGUCUCGGCUCUCUGUUACACGGUCCCUAAGUCAGCUAAGGGAAGCAGUCCACACGGCCUGGAGUCUGAGUCUGACUAUAAGAGUCGAGGUAUGACUGGCGACAGCAGGGUCAUCUUUGGCCCCGGCGUCUCCGUGUCCACCUGCGACGUCAAGCUCAUCGACGACAGCGAAUACGAACUCUCCGAGGAGUUUGAGCUCCACCUGUCGGACGCCUCGGAUAACGUCCGCAUGGGCGAUGUCAGCGUGGCGACGGUGGUUAUCGACGGGCCAAAUGAUGCUUCGACGGUAUCCCUGGGAAACGCUACGUUUACGUUCACGGAGGACGCCGGCACCAUAGAGAUCCCAGUGAUGCGUCAGGGCAGUGACCUGUCGUCAGUGACCUCUGUGUGGUGCGCCACGCGCCCCUCUGACCCCCCCUCAGCCACCCCCGGGGUCGACUACAUCCCCUCCUCCAGGAGGGUGGAGUUCAAAGCUGGAAAGACUGUGGAGACGUGCAGUCUGACCAUCAUGGAUGACAUCCAGAACCCAGCCAUGGAGGGGGCUGAGUCCUUUGUAGUGUUCCUCUCCUCCCCUCAGGGGGCCGUCCUUCUGGAACCUUUCCAAGCCUCCGUGUUCAUCACUGACACCUUGGACCUUCCCAGCAUGCAGUUUGAGAAGACGGCGUACAAGGUGACGGAGAAGGAGGGCGUGCUGGACAUCCCCGUUGUUCGAACGGGAGACCUGACGGUCAAGUCCUCUGUGCGCUGCUUCACUCGCACCAUGUCUGCCAUGGUGAUGGACGACUUCGAGGAGAGGAGGAACGCAGACGACUCGCGCAUCGCCUUCCUCCAGGGAGAGAAGGUAAAGAACUGUACGGUGCACAUCAACGACGACUCUGUGUUCGAGCCUGAGGAGGAGUUCCAGGUGCAUCUUGGGACGCCCCUUGGGGACCAAUGGAGUGGAGCCAUGGUGGGAGUUAGUGACGUUGUCACGGUAACCAUCACUAACGACGAGGACGCCCCCACCAUAGAGUUUGAGCAGGCGUCGUACCAGGUGAGGGAGCCUCCCGGGCCAAACGGCAUCGAGGUGCUUCACAUCAAGGUGGUCAGGACAGGAGACCAGGACCGCACCUCCAAGGUCCGCUGCAGCACCCGGGACGGAUCAGCCCAGUCCGGAGUGGACUACAACCCCAAGAGCAGAGUGCUCAAGUUCACCCCUGGCAUGGACCACAUCCUGUUCAAUGUGGAGAUUCUGUCCAAUGAGGACAGAGAAUGGCACGAGUCCUUCUCGUUGGUCCUCGGCCCUGACGACCCAGUGGAGGCGGUGCUUGGAGAGAUCACCACGGCAACAGUCACCAUCCUGGACCAGGAAGCUGUGGGGAGUCUCAUCCUACCGGCCACGCCCAUUGUGGUUUCUCUGUCAGACUAUGAUAACGUGGCUGAGGUGUCCAGGGAGGGCAGUAAGAAGCAGCCGUCACCUGGUUACCCCCUGGUGUGUGUGACGCCCUGCGACCCCCACUACCCCAAAUACUCUGUGAUGAGGGAGCGCUGCGGCGAGGCAGGCAUCAACCAGACCUCUGUUCACUUCUCCUGGGAGGUGGCUGCCCCUACAGACACCAACGGGGCCAGGUCACCAUUCGAGACCGUCACUGAUACCACACCCUAUACUGGUGUUAACCAUAUGGUCCUGGACAGUAUCUAUUUCUCUCGGCGGUUCCAUGUACGCUGUGUGGCUCAGGCCCGGGACAAGUCCGGCCAUCUUGGAACACCCCUGAGGAGUAACAUAGCAACCGUCAGCACCGAGUGUUCCAUCUGCCACACCCCCGUCACCACAGGAACCGCCAGAGGGUUCCAGGCCCAGUCGUUCAUCGCCACGCUGAAGUACCUGGACGUCAAACACAAGAGGCAUCCGAACCGUAUCCACAUCUCGGUGCAGAUCCCCCACCAGGACGGUAUGCUGCCCCUAGUGUCCAGCAUGCCCCUCCACAACCUGCACUUCCUGCUGUCAGAGUCCAUCUACAGACAACAGCACGUCUGUUCUAACCUGGUCACUCUCAAAGACCUGCAGGGUGUCUCCGAGACGGGUUUCCUGGAUGGUGUCCAGUAUGACAGUAUCUCUCUGGGUCCGGGUUAUGACAGACCCUACCAGUUCAACCCCGGUGUCCGAGAGGCUCAGAGCAUCCAGCUGUAUAAACACCUCAACAUGAGGAGCUGCAUCUGGACCUUCGAUGCCUACUACGACAUGACGGAACUCAUCGACGUCUGUGGAGGCUCAGUCACUGCCGACUUCCAGGCGAGGGACUCGGCCCAGUCGUUCCUGACGGUGCAGGUUCCUCUCUACGUGUCGUAUAUCUACGUAACAGCUCCCAGGGGCUGGGCUUCACUGGAACACCACACUGAAAUGGAGUUCUCUUUCUUCUACGACACCGUGCUCUGGAGGACAGGCAUCCAGACAGACAGCGUUCUGUCAGCCGGACUCCAGAUCAUCAGGAUCUACAUAAGAGAAGAUGGUCGUCUGGUCAUCGAGUUCAAAACACACGCCAAGUUCAGGGGCCAGUUUGUCCAAGAACACCACACCCUGCCUGGCCACAAGUCCCACCUAAUGGUCCCGGACCACCUGGGGGGGAUAGAGUUCGACAUGCAGCUCAUCUGGAGCGCCCAGUCCUUUGAUUCUCCCUACCAGCUCUGGAAAGCCACCUCCUCUUACAGCAGGAAGGACUACUCUGGUGAGUACACCGUGUUUCUGAUCCCCUGUACCGUGCAGCCCACCCAGUCCUGGACCGACCCUGGAGACAAGCCUCUGUCCUGCACUGCCCACGCCCCAGAGAAAUUCCAGUUACCUAUAGCCUUCCAGCAGACCAACCGGCCCGUCCCAGUGGUAUACUCCCUCAACACUGAGUUUCAGCUGUGCAACAAUGAGAAGGUGUUCAUGAUGGACCCAGCCAUCUCCGACAUAUCCAUGGCUGAGAUGGACUACAAGGGAGCCUUCUCUAUGGGCCAGACGCUGUACGGCAGAGUGCUGUGGAACCCAGAGCAGAACCUGAACUCAGCCUUCAAGCUGCAGCUGGAGAAGGUGUACCUGUGUACGGGACGUGAUGGAUACGUGCCUUUCUUCGACCCCACAGCGACUCUGUACAACGAGGGCCCUCAGUACGGCUGCAUCCAGACCAACAAACACCUCAAACACAGGUUCCUGAUUCUGGAUCGGAAGCAGCCUGAAGUCUGUGACAGGUUCUUCCAUGAUGUUCCCUUCGAGGCCAACUUUGCGUCGGAUAUCACCGAACUACAGACCAUGACAGCCAUGCCUGGUGUUGAUGGUUUUACCAUGAAGGUUGAUGCCCUGUACAAGGUGGAGGCGGGACAUCAGUGGUACCUGCAGGUGAUCUAUGUGAUUGGUCCAGAGUCCAUCUCCGGCCCCAGGAUCCAGCGUUAUCUGACCCAUCAGCUUGCACACAGCAGCGACAUGGUGCGGGCUCGCAGGGACCUGACCAAUCAGCUGAGGCAAAGCAUCGCCUACAGCCGCGCUCGCCGGGACCUGGUGGACCAAAGCGGGCAUCUCACCCUCGAUGAGUCUCUGAUCUAUGAUAACGAGGGCGACCAGACGAAGAAUGGAACCAACAUGAAGAUUCUCCGACUCGAGGUCCCCGUUGCCUCCACAUUUAACCCCCAGAUGGGAGGAUCUACGGGCGGGGGCGUGGCUGCGCUGACCCUGUUGGUCCUCGUCCUGCUGGGUUCCUUUUUACUCUUCAGGAAGUGCCGACGGUCGGCUGGAAAGAAGCCGUCCAAGAUGGCGGAGGAGUACCCUCUGAACACCAAGGUAGAGGUCUAUCUAGAGAGGACCCUGGAGAAGAACUUUAGCUCUAAACACUGCACCGUCAGGAACAUCAACCGGAAUCACGACAGCGUCAACUCUAAGGUCAACGGAGGGGCAAAGGUCAACGGAGCGGCGAAGGUCAAGCAGGUCAACCUGGAGGUCAAGCUCCACAACAACCUCGGCAACGACGGCACUGAGGUCUGAGGAUCUCCCGCCUCCCUCCGGUGUUUCCCCUAGCUAGAUUAUUUUUCUAGACAGGGCGACAAAGGCCCCCCAAAAGUAAGACCCUGGUCCUCCUCCUCAACGUGUCAGUUUAUACCAGUAGAAGUAGCAGUUCUACACUCCACCUACUCAUAGGGGAAACAUUGUGAAAAAUAUCCUGAAAUUAAGGAGUAUUUAAUGACAAAUCUAAAAUAAAUCUGGUUUAGAGUUCAGGAAUAAUAUAUUGUUCGUUAAUGUUUUUUUAUACGACCUUGAUGUGAGAUAAAAAAAAAAAAAUGUUACGCGUUUUUGACGGCCAGCUAUGCAGCAUUUGUUCAAAUCAUUUCACACCUGGGCUACCUCAGGAAUAGAGAAAUGAGUGAACUAUCGCAUGAAACAGAUUCAGUUUUUCCUCAUUUAAAAAAAAUGAAUCGUCAUCGUUGAACGACGACCAUAGACUUUGGAAUCAGUCAGGUGAAAUCUGCUGCCUUGAUUUUCAACAACAACGCCAAACUGAUCAAUGUAUGCUAGGUAGCUAACAUCGCCAAACUGAUCAAUGUACGCUAGCUAGCUAACAUCGCCAAAAUGAUCAAUGUACGCUAGCUAGCUAACAUCGCCAAAAUGAUCAAUGUACGCUAGGUAGCUAACAUCGCCAAAAUGAUCAAUGUACGCUAGGUAGCUAACAUCGCCAAAAUGAUCAAUGUACGCUAGGUAGCUAACAUCGGCAAAAUGAUCAAUGUACGCUAGCUAGCAAACAUCGCCAAACUGAUCAAUGUACGCUAGCUAGCUAACAU